AUGGUGGCUUCGGUUUUAGGCAAGCGCCAGCGGGGUGCUAUUGAGACAGAAGUUCCAUCACUGCCAUUGCGUAGCGCGAGCAAGCGCCGGACACAACCACCCCAUAUCCUUCGUGAGGGGACCGAACCGUCAGUAUCGCCUGCUCGUCAAUUGCGGUCAAAGACAAGAAAGGCCGGUGCUCUCCAACAUGACAAUGGUAAUAAUACCGAGGAUUCUUUCACUCUAUGUGAACAAUCGGGUCAUGUGGGAAGAGAGAGAGAUCGGGCCUUUAACAGCUUGGGAUUGGAUAAUGAUGAAAACUCGAGACCGGUUCAACUCAAGACCCCCUCAAAAUCUAGAUAUCGGAAUGCUCUGGAAUCUCCGCCCAUUACACCAAAGCAUAAAGUCCAAGUCGGGGGGAAAUCGUUGACUCCACGGACACCUCGACCGACAUCCGCUCCAACAACUGCCCAAACCGUCUACACUAAUGCCAGGCAAUUAUUUGCACGAGGCGCAAACUCGGCUCAACUGGUCGGCCGAGAUGACGAACGGGGAAAGUUAUCGUUUUUCAUUCAAAAUGGGGUCGAAUCAGGGAAAGGCGGUUGUUUAUAUGUCAGUGGCCCGCCAGGGACUGGCAAAAGCGCCAUGGUUCAAGAGGUGUGUCGUGCAUUGGAUCCGAAGUCCGUAAAGGUGGCACAUCUGAAUUGCGCAAGUAUGCGGAGUGCGCGUGAUGUUUACAGCAAACUCAUUGAGGAUCUCUGCGAAGACCAUGAAGUCUUUAAAAAAAGCGAGGCGGACAGGCUGAAAAGCUUGUUCAUACCUGACAAGAAGCAAAAUGACCUGUUCCUGGUUACGCUAGAUGAGAUAGACCAUCUUCUUACCGCAGAUACUGGCGUUCUUCAGUCUCUCUUUGAGUGGUCCCUGCACAGCAAAUCCAAGCUUAUGCUCAUUGGGAUUGCUAAUGCACUUGAUCUAACGGAUCGAUCCUUACCGCAGCUGAAAGCAAAAAACCUGAAACCUCGCCUUCUUCCUUUUUUACCCUACAAUGCCGGUCAAAUUGCCAAUGUAAUAACGAACCGUCUUCGGUCCUUGCUACCUCAGGAUCAAAACGAAGACCCAAAUUUCGUUCCUUUUGCUCAGCCAGCAGCUAUCAUGCUGUGCGCGAAGAAAGUCGCUUCCCAGGCUGGGGAUUUGCGCAAGGCCUUUGAGCUCGUCAAGCGUGCUAUUGAUAUCGUUGAACAAGAAACCAUGGAGAAAUUGGAAAAGAGGGAAUCCAGCCAAGGGAAUCCCUCUAAGACUAUUCUCGUCGAAAACAACAAUCUCUCAUCUCCAGCUAGGGCCAAGCAACCUUCUUCAUCCACGUAUAAUGUUUUCACGGCGCCCCGGGCUAGCAUCGCUCACAUCGCUCGCGUCACUUCAUCUGCUUUCGGGCAGGGGACUGUCCAACGGCUAAAGAACCUUAACCUUCAGCAAAAGGCAGCUAUCUGUGCUCUGAUUGCGCUUGAUCGGAAAAAACGUGAAGGGGAGUACCCAAGUACGCCCUCAAAAUCAAGGAGGUUAGCGCCCACAAUCAAGCAAAUAUUUGACACAUAUUGCACAUUGUGUCGCAAAGAUAAUAUCCUCCAUCCACUUACCGCUACCGAAUUCAAAGAUGUUAUUAGUAACCUAGAAACACUAGGACUGGUUGGCGAAUAUCAGCGCCGAGGUCGAGGCGGAACAGUUUCAGGUGGCUCAGACAUAAGACGUACUCCGUCGAAAUCUAGCAAUGGUCCCUUAACACCAAGCAAGUCAUUAGACGAGCAGGGUCUCGUCUGUUUCGUUUCUUAUAAAGAGAUCGAGAGUCAAAUCGCUGGGCCAGGGGAGGGUAUUCUCAGAAGAUUACUCAUGGGCCAAGGUCUGUGA